AACUUUUCUAUACUGGGUUAAUGACUCUUCUAUAGAAUCAAAUCUCUAAGGAACCUUCUUUGAUAGUAAACACUAGAAAAUAGACACAUCCAAAACUCAUCUAUUGCCUGGUUCCCUAUACAUCAGUCCAACAAAUCUGUCAGAAUAGCUAAUCUCAUUAUUUGCAAGGCUUCGGACUGCAGUUUUCUAAGUAGACUCCGAGCGCCGCUGUUGGCCAAUGCGCUGCAAGAACUGGAGUCCACGAUCUACCUAAGUGGUUUUCUGCGCAGUCACGGAAGCAGUUCUGAAAGGAGAUAAAGUCCAGAUUCGGGCUCUCUGCUCAGCAAAUGAUUCUGGAAUAUGGAAUGGAAUGCCUUGAAACAGAGUGUUGAGUUUUCUACGCAUUAGCAGUAAAUAUUUUAAACACAAUUUGUAAAGCAUCUUCUCGUUACAUCUGAGGCUGCAGCAGUGAAGAAAAUGAUGGGAACUAGGGCGAAGCAGAGGAGCCAUACCGGGCAGCGGCAAGUACUCUUUCCCUUCCUGCUGCCUUUGUUCUGUGGGGGGCUCUCUGAGCAGAUCCGCUACUCUAUUCCUGAAGAAAUGGCCAGGGGCUCAGUAGUAGGGAACCUUGCUGAAGACCUGGGGCUGCAUGUACGGGAUUUACUGAACCGCAACCUCAGAGUUAGCGCAGAGAAACAAUACUUUACCAUAAACAGGGAGAAUGGCAACAUACUUGUCAGUGACAGAAUAGAUAGGGAGUCGCUCUGUCCCCAAAGCACCCUGUGUGUUGUGCCCCUAGAGAUCGUGGCAGAGAAUCCUCUAAAUGUUUUUCAUAUAACGGUGAGGAUAGAAGAUAUAAAUGACAAUCCACCGUAUUUCCCCCAAAAUAGCAUUGUUUUACAAAUCAAUGAACUUGCAAUUCUAGGAACUCAGUUUGGUCUGGAAUCCGCUAUAGAUGCAGAUGUAGGACCUAACUCUCUCCAGAGUUACCAACUCAGCUAUAAUGAGUAUUUCUCUCUGAUGGUGAAGGAUAAGAUUGAAGGCAAGAAUGCCCCAGAAUUAAUAUUGGAGAAGCCCCUGGACCGGGAACACCAGAGCUCCCAUUUUCUAGUCCUGACCGCAAUGGAUGGGGGUGACCCAGUCCGAAGUGGCACCAUUCAAAUCAGGAUUGAGGUCACUGAUGCCAACGAUAACCCCCCAGUGUUCAGUCAGGAUGUGUACAAAGUUAGCCUUCCAGAGAACUUGCCCUUGGGCACCUCUGUGCUCAAGGUGACAGCCAUCGACCAGGAUGAGGGCAUCAAUGCAGAGAUCACCUACUCCUUCAAAACACUAAGAGAUAUUGGAAAUAUGUUUAUGCUAGACCAUCAAAAUGGAGAAAUUAAAUCCAAAGGUCCUAUAGACUUCGAAAUUAGGAGUAGUUAUACCAUGAGCAUAGAAGCCAAGGAUGGUGGAGGCAUGGCCACUGAAUGUAAAAUUAUAAUAGAAAUUUUAGAUGAGAAUGACAAUGCCCCAGAGGUUAUUUUCACUUCAGUGUCUAAUUCCAUAACCGAGGGUGCAGAACACGGGAUGGUGAUUGCUCUGUUCAAAACACAUGACAAAGAUUCGGGCCAAAAUGGAGAGGUCACAUGCCUCAUAAAAGAAACAGUUCCUUUCAGAAUUGAAUCUUCUGCCAAUAAUUACUACAAGCUUGUAACAGAUGGGUCCUUGGACCGGGAGAAGACCCCUUCGUACAAUGUCACUAUCACAGCCACUGACAGGGGAAAGCCACCCCUUUCCUCCAGCUCAAGUAUCACUCUGCACAUCGAAGAUGUCAACGACAAUGCUCCAGUUUUUGAACAGGCUUUCUAUUUGGUCCACAUUGCCGAGAACAACCCUCCGGGUGCCUCCAUCGCCCAAGUCAGCGCCUCCGACCCCGACGUGGGGCCCAACGGUCGCGUCUCCUACUCCAUCGUGGCCAGCGACCUGGAGCCACGCGCGCUGGCGUCCUACGUGUCCGUGAGCGCGCAGAGCGGGGUGGUGUUCGCGCAGCGCGCCUUCGACCACGAGCAGCUGCGCGCCUUCGAGCUGACCCUGCAGGCCCGCGACCAGGGCUCGCCCGCACUCAGCGCCAACAUGUCAGCGACCGCCCGGCGCCCUCUGACCCCCAGGCUGAGCUGCAGUUUUACCUGGUGGUGGCUUUGGCCUUGA